GGGAAGCACCGGGCGGGAGGUGCCGUGGCCGCCCCGCCCCGCGCCCCCCCGCGCCCCGCUCCGCCCCGCGCCGCGCCCGCCGCCGCCGCUCCAGCAUGCACGGAGGAUGCUCGCGUCUUGCUCAGGCAGGAAGGGGCCGGAGGGCAGGUACCCGCUGCACUACCUCGUCUGGCACAACCGAGCCCGCGACCUGGACCGGGAGCUCAGCGCCAAGCAGGCUGACAUUGAGCAGCUGGACCCCCGAGGACGCACCCCGCUGCACCUGGCCACCACGCUGGGCCACCUCGAGUGCGCCAGGGUGCUGCUGAAGCAUGGCGCCGACGUGGGCAAGGAGAACCGCAGCGGCUGGACAGUCCUGCAGGAGGCCGUGAGCACCCGUGACCUGGAGCUGGUGCAGCUGGUCCUGCGCUACCGCGACUACCAGAGAGCCAUCAAACGUCUUGCCGGGAUCCCCAUCCUGCUGGAGAAGCUGCGCAAGGCCCAGGACUUCUACGUGGAGAUGAAGUGGGAGUUCACCAGCUGGGUGCCGCUGGUGUCCAAGAUCUGCCCCAGCGACACCUACAAAGUGUGGAAGAGCGGCCAGAACCUGCGGGUGGACACCACGCUGCUGGGCUUCGACCAUAUGACCUGGCAGCGGGGCAACCGCAGCUUCGUCUUUCGGGGACAAGACACCAGCGCGGUGGUGAUGGAGAUCGACCACGACCGGCGGGUGGUCUACUCGGAGACGCUGGCCCUGGCCAGCCACGACCAGGAGGUGCUGCUGGCUGCUGUGCAGCCCACCGAGGAGCAGGUGAUGGGGCGGCUGACGGCCCCCGUCGUCACCACCCAGCUCGACACCAAGAACAUCGCCUUCGAGAGGAACAAGUCCGGCAUCCUGGGCUGGAGGAGCGAGAAGACGGAAAUGGUGAAUGGGUACGAGGCCAAGGUCUACGGCGCGUCCAACGUGGAGCUGAUCACACGGACGCGGACCGAGCACCUCUCGGACCAGCACAAGGGCAAGAGCAAAGGCAGUAAGACCCCCCUGCAGUCCUUCCUGGGCAUCGCCGAGCAGCACGUGGGGCCCAACAACGGGACGCUGAUCACGCAGACGCUGAGCCACGCCAACCCCACCGCCAUCACCCCCGAGGAGUACUUCAACCCCAACUUCGAGCUGGGAAACCGGGACAUGGGGCGGCCCAUGGAGCUCACCACCAAGACGCAGAAGUUCAAGGCCAAGCUGUGGCUGUGCGAGGACCACCCGCUGUCCCUCUGUGAGCAGGUUGCCCCCAUCAUCGACCUCAUGGCAAUAAGCAACGCGCUCUUCGCCAAACUGCGGGACUUCAUCACCCUGCGCCUCCCGCCCGGCUUCCCCGUCAAGAUCGAAAUCCCCAUCUUCCACAUCCUCAACGCCCGCAUCACCUUCGGGAACCUCAACGGGUGCGACGAGCCCGUCAGCUCCCUGCGGCACAGCCCCAGCAGCGAGGCGCCCUCGCCCAGCAGCGACUCCUCCUCCGUCAGCAGCUCCAGCUCCCUGACCUCGUGCCGGGCGUGCGAGAUGGACCCGGCGCUCUUUGAGGUGCCGCGGGGGUACAGCGUGGUGGGUACCCACCAGGACGCCCUGCGGGAGGACGAGGAUGACCUGCUGCAGUUCGCCAUCCAGCAGAGCCUGCUGGAAGCGGGCAGCGAGUACGACCAGGUGACCAUUUGGGAAGCACUGACCAACAGCAAACCGGGCACCCACCCUAUGUCGCACGAGGGCCGCCGGGGAGACAGGUUGGACUCCCCAGCACACGCCGUCCCCCCGUCCCCCCGUCAGCCCGGCCCCGGGGGGGGGCAGCGGGGGGCCCAGCGCCCUGUUCCCCAGCUACGCGGAGCAGCUGCGGCUGGCCAUGGCGCUGUCGGCGCGGGAGCAGGAGGAAGCCGAGCGCCGGACGCGCCAGGAGGAAGAAGAGCUGCAGCGGAUCCUGCAGCUCUCACUGACGGAGAAGUGACCCCGCGCCCCCGCUGACACAUCCCCCCCCCCCCCCAGCCACCCUGAUGGGGAUGGGGACGCGGCCGGAGCCGUGGGGGGGGCACAGAGGGGGAGCGGGGUGGGGGGAGCCAGCGCAAGCACUGUGGAGGGCAAACAGGGAGGGGGGGUGCAGGAUUUGGCCCUGGCUGGGGGGAGAUUGUCCCCAUAGCUGGGGUGGUACAGGGGUGGGGGGGGGACGGGGGACACCCCACAGCAGCACAGGGUUGGGGGGAGUGACAGCCCGCAGCUGGGGUGGCAGGGACCCGGGGGGGGGCAACCCACAGACUGUAUGCCGCCCCCGGGACAGCCCUAGCCCCCCCACAACCACCCUAUGGUGUGCUGCUUGGCCCCUCAGCCUAGAAAGGCGGUAGGGGGCACAUCCUACCCCAGAUUGGGGGGCUGCCAGCUGCGUGCGGUCCCGGGGUGCCCCCAGAGCUGGGGGGCUCUUCCCAGCCCCCUCGGCCCCCCUGCCCAGGCGCUACCAAGUGCACUUACCCGGGAGCUGCUCUGCCUGCCAAUGGGGGCGGGGGUGGGGUGGGGAGGGGGUGUCAGCCCCAUUGCACCCCACAGCCAGCGUGGGGCUGCAGAGCCACCCCCCCCCCGCCCCGCCCCGGCGUGGGGGUCCGCUGGGGCAGCAGAGGGGGUGCCUGUGAAAGGUCACCCAGUGUCAUCCCCCCCCCUCCAUCUUGUCCCUUGCUCGCACCCCCUCCCCUGCUCGGAUGCCCCCCCACACCCCCCCCCUUGGCAGCACUGCACCCCCUCGUCCCGGGCACUGCCCCCCCGAGAGAAACCUUACGUCAAAUGGUGCUAACCCCGGGCCCCCCGCCCCGGGCUGCUCCUCUUUGCACACGGGGGGCCGGGGGCCAUGGGGGGGGAGGGG